AUGCAGUUCUCCACUCUUGCCCUCGUCACCUUUGCCGCCACCGCCAUGGCCGCCCCCACCAACUCUCUGGUUGCUCGAGAGGACCUCGAGAUCUCCGGCGACAACGCUGCCGAGCUCGUCAAGCAGUACGCCCCCGUCUACACCCUGGCUCCCGGCGCCUUUGCCGCCGACGAUUCCAACCAGAGCAUGGGCUUCCUGGACUUCUCCGGCUACGUCAACUUCCUGGUGGGUCUUCUGCAGGCCGGAGGCCAGUUCAUCAAGGAUGGAGGUAACGCUCUGGUCAACCUGGACAUCAACAAGGUCGGAGCCGCCACCGUCAACUUCUUCCAGGGUCUCAUGACCUACUUCAACGCUUUCCUUGCCGCCGUCAAGCAGGGAACCAAGUUUGACAAGGCCGUCUACGAGUUCCUCGUCAACUCCGGUAUCUCCGACUUCCUCAGCAGCGUGGCCAACUUCAUCGUCAAGUUCUCCCAGACCUUCCUCGAGUCUCCCCUUCUCCAGGGCAUCAUUGAUGUGCUCAAGAGAGUUGUCGGCUGGCUCUUUGGUGCCAAGCAGACUGUUCAGCAGACUCUUGGCGACAAGGCCAACACCACUGGCUUUGACCGAGCUCUCGUCGCCGCUCAGUCUGUCCAGUCCGCCGCUGAGAAGAAGGCUGGAGGACACUAA